AUGGAAAAAGAAACACCGAAUAAAAAACUCAAAACAAAUCUAUCAAAAUAUAAUGAUAAUAAUAAAAUAAUAGUAUUACCAUUAAUAAUUCAAAAACAAAUAUUAUAUUUAUUAUAUGAAGAAUUUAAAACAGAUGAUUUUAUAAAAGAUUACAAAUUUAAAAAUGAAAUAAUAAACUAUUUCUUUGUCAAUUGGAAUUGGUUUAAAUAUUCUCAAAAACUUUUCAAUCAUUUUAUUCCUCAUGUUUAUUUAGAUAAUGAUAGAGAAUAUGACGAUGACUUUUUCAGAAGUUAUUACAAUAAUAGUAUUAAUAAUAAUAAUAAUAAUAAUAAUAAUAAUAAUAAUAAUAAUAAUAAUAAUAAUAAUAAUAAUAAUAAUAAUAAUAAAAAUAAUAAUAAUAAUAAUAAUAAUAAUAAUAAUAAUAGUGAUAAAUUUAAAUUAGUUGAUAAUGAUUUAAUUAAAACAAUAAUAGUUGAUUACUUUAAAAUAAAUAAUGAAUCAAUUAAUUAUAUGAAUAGUUUAAAAUCAUUAGAAACUGUUAAUGUUAGAUGUUUAUAUGACUAUCAAUAUUCAUUCACAAAUUCAUUAUGGAUUUUAACAUAUUUAAAUAAAUUGGAUAAUAAAGAUAUAGUAAUAAAUUUUAAUUUAGAAUUGCGUUCUAAUGGCUAUCAAUCAGAUGAUUUAGAACAUAUGUUAAUUGACAGAGAAUUCAAAUUUAAAACAAAUCUAUUAGAAGUUGAAUAUGAUUUUGAAUACAUAAAAAUCUAUGGAUUCGUUUAUGAAAUGAUUAAAGAAUUAAACCCAAAAUAUUUAAAAAUCAAAUCCAUUAGUAUAUAUGGUUUUUGCUAUGGUGCAGGACCAUCACAUCUUCAACAAUAUCACUCAAUUUCAAAAUUAAAUCAAAACUAUGAAAGUGUAGAAAUCAUUGAUGACUACAUACCAUUAUAUGCACUUUAUAGAUUUUUACAAUCACCAAAUUUACAUACACUCAAAGUUGGCCUUCAAUUUCAUUUUAUAUCUUCAAUCUACGAUAAUGAAAUGAAUAAUAAUAAUAUUAUUGGCGAUAAAAAUAAAACAGAAUUUGAUUUUAACAAAAUGGAUAAUAUUAAAUCUAUUGAUUUUAGAAAUUUCCAAGGUGAUAUUAUUGAUAAUGGUAUUAAUGAAGAUAAUCGAACCUAUUGUUCAUUUGGUUUUCAAGAUGAUUCAUGUAUGGAAAUACCACCAUAUUCAAUGUCUCUAUGGGAACAAUGUUUAAAAUUAUUAUCAACAAAUUCAACAAUUACAAAAUUAUCAUUUUCUAAUAAUUGUGGUGGAGUAUACAAUAAAUGUGGAUGGGGUGAUCAGAAUUUAAAAAGUUACAAUCAAAGCUUUUUAAAUGAUUUUAUGAAUUCGCUUGUAAAUAAUAAAAAAAUUAAAACUUUAACACUUGGUUUUAGUAAUCGGGAUAAUGUAGUUGAAUAUGAAUUAAAAAAUAUAAAUUUAAUAAAUAAAUCAAUUGCAUCAAUGCUCAAUCAAAAUACAACACUUGAAUCAAUUUAUAUUUUUCCAUUUUUGCAAUUCAAUGAAAUAUCAAAUUUAACAAAAAAUACAAAAUGUAAAAUAAUAGUCGAUAAUAAAGAUAAAUGUUGUGGGGAAACUUCAAAAAAGUUUCCUCCCUCAAAAGAAAGGGAAAUUUAA